AUGUCUGCGCAAAAUGCGAUCUCAUCCUGGGGUGCUACCCUACGACCUGGAUGCUGUACCUUCCUCAUUCCGGAGCGUGUCAACCUAUACAUCACGAACGCAGCGCUUGUGAUAGGAAAUGCCAGCACAGAUGAUGGAAGCAUGCAUCCUCGGACAUCUCUUUGGAUGACAUUCCUCAGGAAGACUGCCGUGGUCUCACCGGUCAUCAGCUCAUCGGCGAACUCUAGCGAUCGCGUUAUUCUAUUCACAUUGGUCCCGAAUCAGGUCGAGCAUGUACAUUUGGGCCUCACCCUCGUGGUGAAUGAACACGUCGCCUUUGACGUUCUAGGCAAGAGCUGCAUAUGCCUGUCUGGUAAUUUCAUCGCUGUGCCAUCGGAGGAUAACAUGGACGCUACAGCUGUGCCAUCGGAGGAUAACAUGGACGCUACAGUGAAAAGUGGGCAAUUGCAGACAUCGUAUCGGGACUCUUCAACCAGCCAUCGAGGGAGAAAGCGUGCUCGGGUGGAAUCACUGGCUUUUACCUCCCCGGAUGCAUGCGUCGAGUCUAUCGUUGGAGAGAGAAUGGAAUUCCCUACUUUUAGUGCCCCUGCCCCGACGAUCACUGCCUUAUCAAAUUCUCCGCAACGAGCUGGGCGCAACACUGUCGACGAAAUGCCGCCACUUUCCGCUACGGCGAGAGGCAAGCGUCGACAAGUCAGAAUUUUAAGUGAACCCACCGAGGGUACUGAUUCCGAUUCAUCUGCUGCGUCAUCUCUCUUCGUGCCGAAUGCUGCUAUGAACUCAUCUCGUCAAUUGUUCUUCACGCCAAAAACGUCGCGCGCUGUCUCGAACACCGGUGCCACACGAUCUGCUGUCCUUGCAGCUGUUGAAAUCAAGGAUCACCAAGUCAGAUCAGGAGAUCUACGUGCGACUCAGGGAGAUGAGAUACAACUCUGGUACCGGUUGCAACUAGCGAACAAGGCGGUUGUGCAGUCUCGCAUGGAUGGCACACCGAUGGAGAUCACCUUGGGUCAAAGUUUCAUCCUCCCUGCAAUUGAUAAUGGUAUCGUCGGCAUGAAGGUCGGAGGCGAACGCUUGAUCGUCAUACCUCCCGCGCUAGGAUUUGGCGAUCAUCAACACGAUUCUAUACCUUCGAAUAGUACCCUCUUUUUUCAGGUGCGAAUCAAGGAUCGCGGCCUGGAUAUAUUUAAGGAGAUGGACAACGGCAGCGAAACAGUUACUCAGGAUUACGACACCAUUGCUUUGAAGCGUGGCACCUCUAAGCUGGCAUCGAACUUGAUUGUGCAGGACGAGUGA